AUGAAGAAAUUGAAGUUCUUCAAUGAUAUCUCCUUCCACUACAUUCCCAGAAAGGAGAAUCAAAUGGCUGAUGCACUUGCCACUAUAGCAUCCAUGUUUCAGCUGACUAUGCAUGGAGACUUGCUGUACAUCGAGUUCAAAUGUUGCGGCAAGCCCGCACAUUGUUGCUUGAUAGAAGAGGAGCAAGAUGGUAAACUGUGGUACUUCGAUAUUAAGCGAUACAUCGAGGACAAGGAGUACCCACGAGAGGCUUCCGACAAUGACAAAAGAACGUUGCGAAGAUUAGCAGUUGGCUUCUUUUUAAGUGGAGGUAUCAUGUACAAGCGAAAUCAUGAUAUGGUCUUGCUCUGA